UGCAGACUGCUUCUACAAACAUUUGUGAAAGAAUGGGUCACUCAGGAGCUCAGUGAAUUCAAGCGUGGUACCGUGAUAGGUUGCCACCUGUGCAAUAAGUCCAUCUGUGACAUUUCCUUGCUACUAAAUAUUCCACGGUCAACUGUUAGUGGUAUUAUAACAAAGUGGAAGCAACUGGGAACAACAGCAACUCAGCCACGAAGUGAGCGGGGUCAACGCAUGCUGAAGCACACAGUGCACAGAAGUGCAUUGCAAAGCAUUGGAUGCAGUGGUGUAAAGCACCACUGGACUCUAGAGCAG